AAAGACGUGGGGACUGUCUAAUUGGCCACCAGAAGGCUGCAGAGAUCAAAUAUCUUUCUCGACCCUCCAGAAACAGCACAAAGUCAAGCUCUGCUCCUUCAUCUUAAUGAACCUAGGUGGCCAACACUGAUCCAAGGACUGUUCCAACCUAGAACCUCCUCUUACCUGUGACGGGAGUUCCCAGUCCACCCUUGCCAUGAAAAUCCUUUCCAUUCUCUUUGCUCUUCUCUUAGUGGUAUGCCGUGGAGCUGCAGGCCUUGCAACACCUCCAAGACCUAUUAUGCGAUGUGGAUAUCGUGGGACUUUCUGCUACUCUGGGACCUGCCCUCGUGGCAAUGCUUACUUGGGGGGAUGUCGUUUUGGGCAUUCUUGCUGUAGAUGGUAA